CGCGCCCGGUGAGACCCGCGCGGGUUUCCAGUCCCUGAGGGAGGCGGCGGGGACAUGUGCGCGUCCGACUCCACGACUCCUGCUGACCGUUGGCCUUCCAGCCGGCCCCUGGCAGAGCUUCCCUUGCGCCCUUCCCCCCGUCUCCUUCUCGGCUCUGGUCCCAACAGCCUCGCUCCGGGCCGGGGAGCGGGGAGGAGUCCUCCAGCUUGACGCCCGGGGGCCGCCGGCUGGCCUCGAGUCGGUCCGCCCCCGGGGCGUGAGGACAGGGGCGGGGCUGCGGACUUAGGACUUGGGACUCCCGCCCCGAAGCUGCUGCUUCUAGAGCCCAGCAGGCAACCUAGUCUGGCCAAGAGCGAGCCAUGACCGCGCUGUGGGGCCUCUGGCCCCAGGUGCAGGACACCUGCACCUCGCUGGGGCUGAUGCUGUCGCUCGUGCUGUUGAUGGGGUUGGCCCGCGUGGUCACCCGGCAGCGGCUGCACAGGUUCAUGAUGGCCCACACCUUCGUCUUGGAGUUUCUGGCCACUUUCCAGCUCUGCUGCUGCACCCAUGAGCUGCAACUGCUGAGCGAGCAGGAACCCGUGCACCCCACCUGGCCGCUAACGCUAAUCUACUUCUUUUCGCUGGUGCACGGCCUGACUCUGGUGGGCACCUCUACCAACCCGUGCGGCGUGAUGAUGCAGAUGUUGCUGGGGGGAAUGUCCCCCGAGACCGGUGCGAUUAGGCUGUUGGCUCAGCUGAUUGGUGCCCUGUGCAGCAGAUACUGCAUAAGCGCCCUUUGGGGCCUGGGGCUGACCAAGUACCACCUCAACGAGAGGACCUUCGCUUGCAGAAAUCCUAUUCAAGUCGACUUGCCCAAAGCGGUCAUCACAGAAGCCAUCUGCUCCUUUAUUUUCCACAGCGCUCUGUUGCACUUCCAGGAGAUCCGAACCAAGCUUCGUAUCCACCUGCUGUCAGCACUCAUCACCUUUUUGGUCUAUGCAGGAGGAAGUCUAACAGGAGCUGUAUUUAAUCCAGCUUUGGCACUUUCACUACAUUUCACGUGUUUUGAUGAAGCAUUCCUUCGAUUUUUUAUAGUAUAUUGGCUCGCUCCUUCUUUAGGUAUAUUGUUGAUGAUUUUGAUGUUCAGCUUUUUCCUUCCAUGGCUGUAUAACCACCAUGCAAUUAAUAAAAGGGAGUAACUAUUCCAAAAGACUCAGACUCAGUUACAGGACAGUCAAGCUGGAUGUGAUAUCUUAUCACCUCAUAUUCAACAUACUGGCUACACUGGACUCAUCAAUGUUUAGCUUCCUCGGAGGAAGCUGCCUUGUAUUGUCAUCACUGGAACUUAACAAACAAUUACUGUGAAAAGGAGAUACCCUGUGUUUCUCAGUUAAGACUUGUUCUUUUGAGUGUGUAUUAAAUGCUAGUAGAAAAGACUCACUGGGGCGCCUGCCUGGCUCAGUCAGUUGAGCAUUCAACUCUUGGUUUUGGCUCAGAUCAUGAUUUCAGGGUCAUGAGAUGGAGCCCUGCAUCAGGCUCUGUGCUUAGCAGGAAGCCUGCUUGGGAUUCUCUCUCUCUCUCCCUCUGCCCUGCCCCCAGCUUUCUCUCUCUCUCUCUAAAUAAAUCUUUUAUUAAAAAAAGAUUCAUGGGAUGCCUGGGUGGCUCAGUGGUUGAGCGUCUGCCUUUGGGUCAGGUCAUAGUCCCAGGGUCCUGGGAUCGAGCUCUACAUCAGGCUCCCCACAGGGAGCCUGUUUCUUCCUCUGCCUAUGUCUCUGCCUCUCAUGAAUAAAUAAAAUCUUUUAAAAAAUAAAAGUAAAAUUAAAAAAGAUUCAUUAAAUAUAAAUCUCAAGUGAUAAUUUUGAUGAAAAGAGCACAGGGUGAAGAGGGAAGGGAGGCAGGACUAAAAACAGAGUAUAUAUCAGAUCUCGCCUGAAUGAAUAGGAUUUUUAACCAGUAUGACCAGUCAUGCUUACAGACCUAGAGAGGGUACAUUUCAGCCAAUACCUCACACAGUGAUACCAUCAGCAGUGUCACCUAUCAAUAGGAAAGUUGCUUUUGGAAGUAUAUUAUAUAUCCACUCAUACUUGAGGUGUUUCCUAAAUUUUAAAUAUAAUCUAAAAUAUUUUCUUUCAAUAGACAAUCUUAGCAGCUUUCAGCAAGUUAUUCCUUAAUGAACUAAAACAAAGCACCCAUACAAAGUCAAGAGAUAAGCUUUUCACAUUCUCAUUUGAUCCUAACAGCUACCUUAGAUAGUAGUAGGUAAGGCAUGUAUUUUUAAUCUUCAUUUUACAGAUAAGGAAACUAAGUCCAGAGGGGUUUGCCACCCUGAGGUCAACUGAGGCUCAAAUACCAUCUUUAGACUUCGAUUUCAAUACAAAAAAAUCUUGGUCAUUAUUAUGAUUAAAGUAAAGUUCCAGACUUUAGAGCAACAUUUAAGAUUUUAUAAUGUUAAAAUUUAAGAAUUAACUAUUUUGUCUUUUUAGGGUUAAAGAGCCUAAGUUUUCUUCCAUAAGAAGCUUUAUUUUAUUAUUAUGAGGCUACUUUUCAUUUAGAAGUUCUGGCUAUAAGGUUAAGUGUAUUUCUCUUCAAAGGUAAUUCCAUUAUCAGGGUUAGAGCUGAAAAUAAAGAAAAUAUGGGGUGAGGGCAGCCCGGUGGCUCAGCGGUUUAGUGCCCAGGGCCUGAUCUUAGAGACCUGGGAUCGAGUCCCACGUCGGGCUCUCUGCAUGGAGCCUGCU